CCGCCUCCGCUCGCUCCAGCCGUGGCUGGCUUGCGCCGUUCGAGGCCGUGGGCCAGACCGUCGCUCCGCUGGCCCUCAGCCCGCCAUCUCUGGAUUCCCGCUCGGGACCAUGACCUCCUCCGACGUGGCGCGACACUUGCUCUUUCAGUCUCAUAUGGCAACAAAAACAACUUGCAUAUCUUCACAAGUAUCUGAUGAUGAACAGAGACAAAAAAGAGAAAAUACUCGUUCUUUAACUAUGUCUGGUCAUGUUGGUUUUGAGAGUUUGCCUGAUCAGCUGGUCAAUAGAUCCAUUCAGCAAGGUUUCUGUUUUAAUAUUCUUUGUGUGGGGGAGACUGGUAUUGGAAAAUCAACGCUGAUUGAUACAUUAUUUAACACUAAUUUUGAAGACCGUGAAACCUCACAUUUUUGCCCACAUGUUAAACUUAAAGCUCAGACAUAUGAACUCCAGGAAAGUAACGUUCGAUUGAAAUUGACCAUUGUGAAUACAGUGGGAUUUGGUGAUCAAAUAAACAAAGAAGAGAGCUACCAACCAAUAGUUGACUACAUAGAUGCUCAGUUUGAGGCCUAUCUCCAGGAAGAACUGAAGAUUAAGCGAUCUCUCUUUAACUACCAUGAUUCUCGUAUCCAUGUGUGCCUCUACUUCAUCUCACCAACAGGUCACUCUUUGAAGACACUUGAUCUCUUAACCAUGAAGAGCCUUGACAGUAAGGUGAACAUUAUACCAGUGAUUGCCAAAGCAGAUGCAAUUUCUAAAACUGAACUACAGAAGUUUAAGAUCAAGCUCAUGAGUGAAUUGGUCAGCAAUGGCGUCCAGAUAUAUCAGUUCCCAACAGAUGAUGAAACUAUUGCUAAAAUUAAUGCUUCAAUGAAUGGACAUUUGCCAUUUGCUGUAGUAGGAAGUAUGGAUGAGGUAAAAGUUGGAAAUAAAAUGGUCAAAGCUCGCCAGUACCCCUGGGGUAUUGUACAAGUGGAAAAUGAAAGCCACUGUGAUUUUGUUAAGCUCCGGGAAAUGCUCAUUUGUACAAACAUGGAGGAUCUGCGAGAGCAGACCCACGCUCGACACUAUGAACUCUACAGGCGCUGUAAGCUCGAGGAAAUGGGGUUUAUGGAUGUGGGCCCAGAGAAUAAGCCAGUCAGUCUUCAAGAGACCUAUGAAGCCAAAAGACAUGAAUUUUAUGGUGAACGUCAGAGGAAGGAAGAGGAAAUGAAGCAGAUGUUUGUGCAGCGAGUGAAAGAGAAAGAAGCCAUCUUAAAAGAAGCUGAAAGAGAGCUACAGGCCAAAUUUGAGCAUCUUAAGAGACUUCAUCAAGAAGAGAGAAUGAAACUUGAAGAAAAGAAAAAACUUUUGGAAGAGGAAAUAAUCGCUUUCUCUAAAAAGAAAGCUACCUCUGAGAUUUACCAGAGCCAUACCUUUAUGCCAGCAGGCAGCAACCUGAGGAAAGAUAAGGACCGUAAGAAGGAACCAGGCUUUCGAUUCGAACUCCUGUGCUUUGAUGUCAGAACUUGUGAAACCAAUGGUGGACGUAAAGAUGCAGAGGAAGGUAGAGAGGGCCCCAGUACAAUGGGGCGGCCAUGAGUAGCAUUUGGAUGAUAAUCCCAAGGAUUUUAGGUUUGGGCUCCAAUUUUAUGUAAAACAAAGGUUCCAGAUCACAGAAC